AUGUCUCCUUCGGCUACCGAAACGACUUCAAAGGAGGCCUCAGAGCCUAUCCAGGUCAAGAAGGCCCUCCCUGUCUCGACUGGCCGCGCUCAACUCAAUUUUGAGGGAGCAGCCGUUCCAGAGGAUGAAGAGCUCCCUGAGCUCCGAACCGGCCACAAGGAACCUCUCAAAGUGAGCGGUGCCCUUGACAAGUACGAGCACUUCGACGUGACUCCAAUCAUUGGUCGAGAAUAUGUGAAUGUCAACCUGGCAGAGUUCCUCAAUGCUCCCAACUCGGAUGAGCUCCUACGUGACCUCGCUAUUACUGUUUCCCAAAGAGGUGUGGUGUUCUUCCGCAAGCAGGACGACAUCACAAACGACCUCCAGAAGCAGCUUGUCCAGCGUCUUGGAGAGCUAUCUGGCAAGCCUUCAACGAGCAAGCUGCACAUUCAUCCCGUGGCCAACUCCGGCCGUGGGGUUGUAGCCGAUGAUGAAAUCAGUGUCAUUUCAUCAGUCCUGGCCAAGAAGCACUACUCGGAGAAGUUUGGAACCAGGAAGCAAUCUCAAAAGGGGCAGUGGCACUCUGAUAUUACUUUCGAGCCCAUCCCCAGUGACUAUGCGCUACUUCGUCUAACCGAGCUCCCAACUACUGGCGGAGACACCCUCUGGGCAUCCGGCUACGAGGUCUACGACCGCAUCUCGAAGCCCCUCCAGCGCUUCCUCGACACCCUCACGGCAACCUACGCCCAGCCGGGCUUCAACGAGUCGGCGGAGCGCAACGGCUUCAAGCUGUAUAGCGCCGAGCGAGGCGCCCCCGAGAACGUGGGCGAGCUCCUCGAGGCGAUCCACCCCGUCAUCCGCACGAACCCCGUGACGGGCUGGAAGAGCGUCUUCGCCGUGGGCCACCACGUCCAGAAGAUCAACGGGCUGAGCGAGGCCGAGUCGAAGCACUUCCUCGACUGGUUCGUCCAGCUCAUCGUCGAGAACCACGACCUGCAGGUCCGCCACCGGUGGCAGAACGUCAAUGAUCUGGCCAUCUGGGACAACCGGUCGGUGUACCACGCGGCCACUCCCGAUUACAUCUUCUCCAAUAACGGCGAGAGGACUGGCUCGCGCUCCGUCAGUCUGGGAGAACGGCCGUACUUUGACGCUCAGAGUAUUGGCCGCACAGAGGCUCUGUUCAAGAAGGAGGAGGCAUCGGCCUAA